AUGCCUGGCUUCAUGGACCGCAUGAAAGCCAUCAAGGAAUAUUUCAAGCCUCCCAAACAGACCAAGCCUGACCCCAAGGGCUUCAUCAGAGCUGCCAAUAAAACUUUCCAUUGCAUGUUGUCAUGCUUAAAGUGCCAAAAGGACGAGGACGAUUGUCCAGGUCUCCCAGAAGUCAAAACCAGCUAUAUUGACGAGGAGAUCCCUGAGUCACUUUCAUCGCAGAGUUAUAUCUCUUUAACGGAUUCGGAGAGCGAUGGCUGUCCUGCAGAGGCUGAUCUUGGAUCCAGGUCAGACAGUUUGGAGGGGAUCCCUGAGAUGCUUGAGGCAGAAAGCCUUCCCUCUUUGCUGGAAAACAAUGAAGAGAAGGAAGCUGCAGAUGGAGAGAAGGAUUUGAGCAGCCAUGAUCCCUGUCCUGCGGAGGCAGAACCUAAUCCUGCACCUGCUUCAGAUGGUUUGCCACAACCACAGGUGACCAAUGCAGUGGAGGCCAUCCCUGAGACGCUUCUAGUAGAGAGCCUUUCCUCUUCAACGGUAAUUAAAGAGUCAUUCCCCCCUUUCCCCCCUUUUCUAUCCAAAUUCUGUCCAAAUCUGUUCUUCUUUGAUCUUCAUAAGAUGACGAUGAAGGGUUCAGAGGCGGGUACCUGUCCGGCAGAGGGCGAUCCUGGGCCCGUUCAGACAGGCAGCCCCCAGCUCACCAGGAAAUGUCCGUUUCUCCCUUCCGUCCGCCUGGCCGUCUGCAGAGAGAAUGGCAGGAACCAGAUCCCAGUGGGACAAGGCCAGCAAAAACCAGCCCAGGCUCCCAUCAAUGGAGGAUGA